AAAAAUAAGUGGAUUUAAAAAUACAAGUUAUGUUUUGGAGUUGCCAUCGAAGCGAAACGUUCCAAGUGUCUUGAUCUUGAUUUAAGUUUUACUCAGUUAUAUAUUAACAUUAACAUUAAAACACUGUCGCUUGGCGCAAGUGCUGGUUCAUGCUGGUUACUGUACUCUAUACUGUUUUAUACUUAUAGUCAUUGGUGUGCAAGUGUUGACUGUGUCUGCUGUGUCGUGCUGGUAUUAUGUUAGCUGGUUCAGGUCCUCAUCUCUUCUCUCUCUCUCUCUCAUAUUAAAAUUCAUAAAAUAAGUAAAUAAAUAGCAAAUAAAAAUAAAAAAAAACAUAGACAAAUAAAAAUAAAAUAGAUAAAUUAUUAUUUAUAUUUAAUUAUUGACUUUUCUUUGUUGGUACCAACUUAAGCCAUAUUGUUUUAUGGAGACUGAAAUUAAAUAUACAGUACCUACUAAACACCUCCAUCUCCAUAUUAUCCAUUCUAUUUAAUUCGGUUCAAACGUACAGUAGUUUUUGAGCAGAGUAGUAGGUAUAGGUACAGAAGCUAGAGGGUCUACAGUCUACAGUGAGUACAGACUACAGUCAUACAGUGGCAAGUGUGGGAAGAGAGCGGCCAUCUUGGUGUAAAGAACGAUAGAGCCGUGGGCCGUUUCUGUGCUGUGACAGGACAGUAGAGUUGGUUUAUUCGUACCGUCAACUGCUUCCUUAAUUAAUUGCCUAUAUGCUAUUUAAAGAAGUAGACAAGAGUCACGAGGACGUGGUCAAGAGCCGUGAUACGUAGCCAUUGCUGUUAUUUAAAUAAUAUAAUAUAAUAUAUUAAUAUAAAACGUGUGGUGGUAUUAUUAAAUAAUAAUAAUACGAUAUACAAAAUGGAUACGCCGAGGGAACGUGAGAUUGCGGCUGAGGAUAGCAUCAGAGUUGUCUGUAGAUUUCGACCACUUAAUGAUUCUGAAGAGAAAGCUGGCUCGAAAUUUAUUGUUAAAUUUCCCUCCGGUGGCGAUGAUAAUUGUAUAUCUAUUGGAGGUAAAGUUUACCUCUUUGACAAAGUUUUUAAACCAAAUGCAACACAAGAUAAAGUUUACAAUGAAGCUGCUAAAUCAAUUGUCACUGACGUUCUUGCUGGAUACAACGGCACGAUCUUUGCUUAUGGGCAAACGUCAUCAGGUAAAACACAUACCAUGGAAGGAGUCAUUGGGGACGCAAAUAAACAAGGAAUUAUACCUAGAAUUGUUAACGAUAUUUUCAAUCACAUUUACGGAAUGGAGGAGAAUUUGGAAUUCCAUAUUAAAGUUUCUUAUUUUGAAAUUUACAUGGAUAAAAUUAGGGAUUUACUUGAUGUAUCCAAGGUAAAUUUGAGCGUCCAUGAAGAUAAAAAUCGUGUUCCUUUUGUGAAAGGAGCAACUGAAAGAUUCGUGUCUAGUCCAGAAGAAGUAUUUGAAGUAAUUGAGGAGGGAAAAUCGAAUCGACAUAUAGCUGUAACAAACAUGAAUGAACACAGUUCUCGUUCGCAUUCAGUUUUUCUAAUUAACGUAAAACAAGAAAAUUUAGAGAACCAAAAAAAAUUAUCGGGUAAAUUAUAUCUGGUGGAUUUGGCGGGUUCAGAAAAAGUUUCAAAGACUGGUGCUGAGGGUACAGUACUUGACGAAGCUAAAAAUAUUAAUAAAUCGUUGUCAGCGUUGGGUAAUGUAAUAUCUGCGUUAGCUGACGGUAAUAAAACUCACAUACCGUAUCGAGAUUCAAAGUUAACGCGUAUUCUCCAAGAAUCUCUUGGUGGUAAUGCUAGAACAACAAUUAUAAUAUGUUGCUCACCCGCUAGUUUCAAUGAAUCUGAAACAAAAUCAACAUUAGAUUUUGGUAAACGUGCUAAGACUAUUAAGAAUGUUGUAUGUGUUAAUGAAGAGUUGACUGCGGAAGAGUGGAAACGUCGAUAUGAGAAAGAAAAAGAGAAGGCCGCGAGAUUGAAAGGAAAAGUGGAGAAAUUAGAGUCUGAAUUAUCACGCUGGCGACAGGGUGAAACCGUUAAUCCAGAAGAACAAGUUAAUCUAGUCGAGGUACCUGAAGUUAUAAUACCACCGGUUAUUCCUCCUGUAAAAGAUGAUGGACCUAUGCCGGCUAUUCCUGGUGGCGGGCUUAUGGCUGGUUCUCUUUCGAAUGAGGAACGACAAAAAUUAGAGGAAGAACGUGAAAGAUUGUACCAACAGCUUGAUGAGAAAGAUGAAGAAAUCAAUCAGCAGUCACAGUAUCUUGAAAAGUUAAAGGAACAGCUUGAUGAACAAGAAGAACUAAUUGCCAGUGCUCGUCGUGACUACGAACAGCUGCAGCAGGAAAUGAAUACUAUUAAUCAAGAAACAGAGAGUGCUAAAGAAGAAGUCAAAGAAGUAUUGCAAGCACUAGAGGAAUUGGCUGUUAAUUAUGACCAGAAAUCACAGGAAGUUGAAAUUAAAAACAAAGAACACGAGAGUUUGUCGGAGGAAUUACUUGCUAAACAAACUGCACUCAAUUCGACUAUGUCUGAGUUACAGCAGCUACGUGACAUGUCAACUCAUCAACGUAAAAGAACUGCCGAAAUGUUGACGAAUUUAUUGAAGGAUCUGGGAGAAAUUGGUGUAGCUAUUGGUGGAGACGAAAAUCUCAAGUGCCAGAUAACACCUGACAUUAAUGGAAAAGUUGAAGAAGAGUUUACAGUAGCAAGAUUGUACAUUAGUAAAAUGAAAUCAGAAGUCAAAAAUUUGGUACAACGUUGUCAGGGAUUAGAAACAUUCCAAACGGAAUGUAAUAAAAAGAUAUCGGAGUACGAAAAAGAACUGGGUGAGUGCCGAUUAUUGAUCUCUCAGCAUGAAGCACGUAUGCAGACACUUUCAGAGUCAAUGAAAGAAGCAGAAGCACGUAAACGUAGUCUAGAAGAGAAUCUUGACGCUCUUCGUGAAGAGUGCGCGAAACUAAAAGCAGCUGAACAAGUCCAAGCUGUCACCAACAAAGAAAAAGCUGAAGAAAAAGAGGCCGCGACAAAAAUGCGAGUUGCAUUGGAAGAACAAAUGGACCAACUACGCGAUGUUCAUCAACGUCAAGUUGCUGCGCUGAGAGAUGAAAUCUCUGAGAAACAGGAAAUGAUUAGUGAGCUCAAAGAUCUCAACCAGAAAUUCACAUUAGCUCACCAACAAAUGCAGUCCGACUACGAAAGAUUGAAACAAGAGGAAGCCGAGAAAUCGGCUAAAUUACAAGAAUUAAUUUUAAUGAAUGAACGUCGUGAACAAGCCAGAAAAGAUCUCAAGGGACUGGAAGACACUGUUGCUAAAGAACUUCAAACUCUUCACAAUCUUCGUAAAUUAUUUGUUCAAGAUCUUCAAAUCAGAAUCAAGAAAUCUUCUAUUGCUGAAGACAACGAGGACGAUGGAGGUUCUCUAGCACAAAAACAAAAGAUUUCAUUCCUCGAGAACAAUCUCGAUCAGCUUACAAAGGUUCACAAACAAUUGGUCAGAGAUAACGCUGAUUUACGAUGUGAGUUGCCUAAAUUAGAGAAAAGGUUACGAGCCACCAUGGAACGUGUGAAAGCUCUCGAGACUGCACUACGUGAUGCCAAAGAAGGUGCAAUGCGAGAUCGUAAACGUUACCAAUACGAGGUGGAUAGAAUUAAGGAAGCAGUUAGACAGAAAAAUUUGGCACGACGUGGACCUAGCGCACAAAUCGCCAAACCAAUUCGCGCUGGUCAGCAUCAUGUCAGUGGUGUUAACGCUAUUCGAACUGGAAAUAGGGAUGUGGAUUUACACGUUCCGCGAUCGUGAACGUAACACGAAAUUCUUCACUUUUACAGAAAACGAACGCAAGAGUGCAUUUGCCGAUGAAAAGAAACGAAUCCCCGAGAUGGAUUUAAUUUACAACUCUUACACAUAAAUAAAUUUAAAAACAUUAAGUUAAAUAUGAUACACAAACAAUAAAAGUUUAAGGAUAUAAUUAGAAGUAAUUAAUUUAAUUUGCAACGAGCACCAUCCGUUUCUUUCAAUCAUCAUCAACAUCAACAACAACAACAACUAAAUAACUAAAAAGAAGAAAAAAAACAAUAAUAAUAUAAUUUAAUAAUUAAUCAUGUGCUUAGAUUAAUUGCUAAGAUAGAUUUUAAGUUACUGUGUAAUACUGCAUGUCUCAUCGAUUUGUAAAUAGUUAAUUUUUUAUAAAUUAUUAUUUUAUUUAAUGUGAAAACGUGUUAUGUGGAUGAACAACACAUACGUCUAUUGAUGGAUCGUCAAGAUUCAUUAUUUAAUGUUUUCAGAUAAAUUAUUAUUAAUAAUCACAGCAUUUAAUUUAAUGCGCUUUCAUUAUGCACAUAUUGUAACGUUGAUAUGCAAACGAUUAAGAUUCACAAAUAUUUAAAAUUAAAAAAAUACAUUUUUAAACAAAUGUUCAGCAUAAUAAAUUUUAAAUAAUAAUACCAUCGGGUUGAAAUUUUUUUGACCCACGAUAAUCAUUCAAUACCCGAACGAAUCGGAUAUAAUAAAUAAUUUUAACGUUAAUUAAAAUUGCUUCAGUCCUACCUGUGUAAAAAAAGCCGUUCUAAAAAGAUUUCCAAAAAGUUCUGUGGAACUUCUAAAUUUGAGAAAGAUUAGAACUUCGAGUGGAACUUUGUAGUUUUGAUAAUAAAAAAAAAAGUUUAUCUAGGACUUGAUAUGAGUAUCUUGGAGUAAAAAAAAUAACGUUUUUAAAAUAUAUUUUUACUUCAUUUUACCUUCAUUCCGAAAAAGUUCUCAUUAGAAACCAAUAGAAUAAAAGAACGUUCAAAAUUCAAAAUUUGAGGUUUUCGAACUUCUUCGAAACGAGGGUGAAAAUACAGUAAAAAUUCGUUUUAAAAAAUAUGUUUCAAAAUCGUUUUUUUUUUUACUUUCAAAUUUAUUAAAGUUCCUCGAAGUUCUGAUCUGUCUUAAGUAUGGGAGUUCCACAUGUCGAAUUUUUUUUACACGGAUAAAAUAUACACGAUAUUUGUACGAGUAUAAGAUAUUUUCAUCAGUAUCAUAAAAUAUAUAAAUAUAAAAAUAACAUCAGCAAGUUAACAAGUUCGAUGGAUUAAUUUUGAUUGAAUAGCUUGUUAUGAAAUAACGAUUUGACAUGCAGUCACGAUUUGUACGAAUGAUUGUAGCUUAAUAUGUAAUUUAUAAUUGAAAACGUGAUUUUUUUAAUCUCUGUCUCCGCAUGGCAGUAAUUAUACUUUUAAUGGUAUUUUAUAUUUAAUAAUUUAACUAAAAAGGUUAUUAAUUGUUUGAUGACAGUGAGAACUUGAUUGAGAAGAAAAGAAAAAAGAAUAGAUUCAAUAGAUUGAAUUAAUUUGGAGGGCUCACUUAAUUAAUGUUAAGUGUUUUUAGUCACUCCUUUGUGAUUUUAAAUUCAAUACUCGAAGCUGUUCUUUUUUCUUUUUUUUUUCUACGUUAUUUCUAUCAAUUAUCUAUUCAAUACACGCGAAAUUUCCUGGUCAUUUAUGUUGUUUAUUUUCUUAUACAUCUUCAGUUUAAUUGUCAUAUUAUAUUUAUAAUAUCCAUUUUAUUUUUAGUAAUUAUUAUUCAUUGUUUAGAGGCUCACAUUAAUUUAGAUACUCAUUAUAAUUGUUAAUAUAUAAUAUUAUUUUUUAUUAUCAUUAUUUCACAAUUUAAUUUAAUUCAAUUUAUUAUUUAAUCAUUUUUUUCAUCAAUCUAAUUUAAUUAUUUAUGUCAAUGUCAUUAUUUGUGCGACUAAUGCAAUUAAUAUUUAUAUUUUUCUGUCCUAUUUUUCUUCUUCUUUAUUAAAGACAAAACAAAAAUAAUAAAUUGAUAAAAUAAAAUAUUAAAUAAUUGAAAUAUUUGAAUCUCUGUUAUCUCUGGUGCAAUAAUUGUAUACUGAAUGUCGCUAUUAUUGUAAUAAUUUUUUUUAAGACUUGCUAUUUGAUGAGCUUAUUAGUUACAUAAAGAAAAAAAUCUAAAAAAUAAAAAAAAAAUAAACAAUGUGCUUUAGAAUUAUUUUGAUCGCUGUAUUUGUAUAAUUUAAAAUAAUUUACGAGCCACGUGUACUUGAUAUUAAUGUAUUUUAAAACAAUUGCGGUGUCGUAUGUUAUCAUUAAUUAUAUUAUUAUAAUUAAAAAUAAAUAAAUUAACUGCAGGCUGUAAAAGAUGCAAGUUUUUAAACGUAAGUUUAAAUGAACACUUGCAAUUAAAUAGGUAGAAAAACAAAAUAUAUUAAUUGUAUUACUGGCAUGAGCCAUGUAAUUUAAUGAAUAAUUUAAAAAAUUUCUUAUACAAGUA